CCUUGCGUCAUUGUGUCAACAUGGCGCCUGUCUGCCGGACAAAAGGAGAAUCUGUCUGACGGAGGAUUGAAACCCAAUUAGAAACAGAGGAGACAUUUUGGGAAAACUGUCAGUAUCCGUGUGUCCCCGGCGCCCCGAGGCAAUAGAUAAUAGAUCUAUGGUCCAAUAAAACAUCCUGUGGAGGCUCUUAGACUGGAAUAAUCAGGAUGUUCCAGCAGUGUGAGGAGCCUCGUUUCACCAUCGAGCAGAUUGACCUCCUCCAGAGGCUGAGGAGGACGGGUAUCACACAUACGGAGGUCCUCCAUGCCCUGGACACCCUGGACCACCUGGACCGCCAACAUGGACACAAGCUGACCCAUAAACCUCCCUACAUGCCUCCCUCGUCCUCCUUGUCUUCUUCCAGCGCCGUCGUCGCCUCCUCCUCCAUGACCUCCACCGCCACUCAGACAAGUUUCCCUAGCAACCGACUCUCGUUGUCGCCCAACAACAACUUCGACACCACCUCCCCGCCUCUGCCGAUUCCAGUAGCCUCGCCUGUCGCCAUGGCAGCGGUAGUCCAGAAUGGCCUAGUCGCCGUCACCAAUGGGAAGCUGUCGCCGCCCCGGUUUCCUCUGGGUGUGGUUAGCGGCAGCGUGACGGUGCCAGGCUACGCGUUUGAGACCAGUGAAGAGGACGUAGAUGUCGAUGACAGGGUGGAGGACUUGAUGAGGAGGGACAGUUCUAUGAUCAAAGAAGAGAUUAAGUCCUUCCUGGCCAACAGGCGGAUCUCCCAGGCUGUGGUCGCUCAGGUAACGGGGAUCAGUCAGAGUCGGAUCUCCCACUGGCUCCUACAGCAGGGAUCAGACCUCAGCGAGCAGAAGAAACGAGCCUUCUUUCGCUGGUACCAGCUGGAGAAGACCAACCCUGGUGCCACUCUGGCCAUGCGAGCCGCCCCGAUGGCUCUGGAGGAAGUGAUGGACUGGCACCAAGCCCCGCCUCCGUUCGGCUCGACCCCCGGCGGCUUCCGUCUGCGGCGAGGGAGCAGGUUCACCUGGAGGAAGGAGUGCCUGGCUGUCAUGGAGAGCUACUUCAUUGAUAACCAGUACCCUGAUGAAGCGAAGAGAGAGGAGAUCGCCACUGCGUGCAACGCUGUCAUUCAGAAACCAGGAAAGAAGCUGUCUGAUCUGGAGAGGGUAACAUCUCUGAAGGUCUACAACUGGUUUGCCAACCGCCGCAAAGACAUCAAGAGGCGCGCCAACAUUGAAGCAGCCAUCUUGGAGAGCCACGGAAUCGAGGUUCAGAGUCCAGGCGGUCAGUCCAACAGCGACGAGGUGGACGGCAACGACUUCCCCGACCAGGGUUGCGAGGUGUCCUUAUUUGACAAGAGAGCCUCAGCCAGGCAGUUUGGUUUCAGUCGAGCUGACCUGUCUUCUCCAACCCAGGUACCCACGCUGCUCCCCAGCUGGUUCUCCGCCCUGGGUAGAGGAGCCUUGUCCGGACAGAGGAGCGCAUCUCUGAUUGGCCGCUCCCUAGUGGCAGGGGUGGGCCCUCAGGCGGAAGGUUCCAGACUGACCGGCGUGUCCUGGUCUCCCCCUUCCCCCUCCCUCCAGGACGAACCCACCAUUCACAGCGCGCUGUCCGAGCCCCAGGACCCAAUCGGUUUGGAGAAGGCGUCCGUCAAUCACAGCAGCCAAGCGUUGGCCAAUCAGGCGGACGGGGCGGGGUGCAGUAUCGGGAACGACAUCAAGACGGAAACGCUGGAGGACGACUGAAACGGGCGGCGGAUAUUUUGAGUUUUCCGAGAUGAUAAUGGAACAGGAUCAGAGGUGUGUUAAUAUGCAAGCAGAUUUUAUAGGAAUGUAAUAAGUGAAAAAAAAAAGACCAAAAGUCGUGUAAAGUCCAACCCUGAGAUACCUCCCAACCCUACCUCCAACCACCAACCUGCUCUGCUACGCUCUUAUAGGCAUUACUAGUAUAUUAUAAUAAUAAUAAUUAUGAUAAUAAUAACAAUAAACUUUUAUUUUUUAAAGUGCUCCCCAGCAGGCUAUGGAAGAUUAAAAAUGCCUAAAUAAAAACAAAAUAGAUUAUGCAUUCUUUAAUUAUGUCACAUAAAAGGAAAAUACACAUAGCAACGUGUGUUGUUUUAUGCUUUUGUUGAUUUGUUUUAGGCAUUUUAAAUCUUCCGUAGAGACUGUCUAACAGGACAUGAUGCAUUGUGCCGAUUUUCUUCGGAAAACUGCAUUUAUUCACCGCAGGACAACACUGUAUUUGACACAGGGUUCAGAUAAUUUCAGGGUCUUGCACUGUGAUCACACAACACAACUGAACAGCCUCACGAGAUAAACACAUGAAUUUGAAAGUUCAUUUUUAACUGAUUGUUUUUUAAUUUCAUCACAGUUGAUUUAUAUUUAAUUUUUUUUUUUUUUCGCUGUUGGUUCCUUCCAGUGAGAAGAAAACAGCAGAAUAAGCUCAGUUUCAUUGAGGUCACAGCACAUAGGUGAUAUUUCUGUGGGCCCUACGAUGAUUUAAAUCAAAACAGAAUGACCCACUCCUCCAUCCCCCUCCAUGGUAGAAUAAGCUCAAUAUAUAUGGAAGCAAAGAAAGGACAAUGAAAUUUAAAUAGCACUGAAUGGAUCGCAUUGAAAUGUUUUAAUGUGAAAAUCAUCUAUUUGAAUUUGAGUGGUUGAAUUCCCAGGAGGUAUUUCAAUUUAAAAAACGCACCUGAAGUGGCUUUUUUGUUGUUGUUCAACUGUGCGGUGUUUUCAGUUGCUCAACUGAACUCCUCUUAGAUCACAUGACUAACAGAACAUCACCUGAUAGGCCAGAGUUCUGAUCGAUUCCAUCUCGGCUUCACUGCUUAUCUUUGUAUCCUGAACAUUUUUUUGUUAAAAAAAUUAGUAAAGUUGAGCAAGUUUUUUAGGGGUUCACAAAAUUCAAGUUUUUUUUUUUUUUUUUUCGCACAAUUUGAAAUUACAGAGGAGUUUAAACCCCAUACACAGGUCGUUUUCUAGAUAAAAUACUAUAAAAAUACAAAACAAACUAUGAAUUCAGCGGUAUUUAAAUAUCAAGUAUUCAGUAGAGAUCAAAUUUCACAAUUGGGUAUUCAUUAUGGCCUCUCUUUGCUUCCAUAUUAAUAGCAAUUAAUAAAAGAAAAAAGUUACUCAAUACAUAAAUGUUGAAGGUAGCUGAAACUAUUGUAUGAAAACUAGAAACCCGGGUGUGAUUAAUUUGUGCCCCGACGGCUGAUCAGGCAGAAUGAACGAUCACUGUGAGAUGAUCUAUAAUCAAUACAGAUCAGUCAGUUUCGGAGGUAGAUACUACCGAUUAAAGUGUAACGUACAUAUACUACACAUGUAUGUAUGCAUACACACACAUACGUAUAUAUACAGUAUAUUAUAUAAACUGCGGGGUGUAUAUAUAUGUACAUACAUAUAUAUAUAUAUAUGUACCCUGGUCCAUUUCUAUUUACAGUAUCUAGACAUAUUAGCUUCAGAUGAGAGAAACUAUCAGUAUGAGUCUUUCUUGUUGGUGAAAGGUGAGUGAAGCAUUAGCCAAAGUAUUAAGUUUUGAAUUUUUGUGUAUUUUCUGAGUGUGUGAUGAUGAUAGUCACGGAUGCAGCUGUGUAUUAGAGAUAUGCUAAUCAAAGAUGCAUCAGAUGUGUCAAAUUAUUGCAAGGGAAAAUGCAUUUCCUUUUUUUUUUUUUUUAG